AUCUAAGUAUGUUUGCCAUGAGGAACGUACCAUUUCUGCUGCUGGUGUUAACGCAGUUGCUUCGCGCUGGCUCCGCACUGGAUAAUGGACUGGCUUUAACGCCACCCAUGGGUUGGAUGUCUUGGCAGCGCUUUCGUUGCAUUACCGAUUGUGAUACGUUUCCAGAUGAGUGCAUAAGCGAGAAAUUGUUCAGACGCAGUGCGGAUCUACUUGUCUCGGAAGGCUAUGCUGAUGUGGGCUAUGAAUACGUUAUCAUAGACGAUUGCUGGCUGGAGUGGAAUCGUGAUAACAAGACAAACAAGCUGGUACCAGAUCGCAAACGUUUUCCCAGAGGCCUCAACGUUCUGGCUGAUCAUAUUCACGCCAAAGGUCUCAAAUUUGGACUGUAUCAGGACUUUGGCACGAAGACCUGUGCUGGCUAUCCAGGUGUGAUCGACCACAUGGCACUCGAUGCCGAAACCUUUGCUAAUUGGGAUGUGGACUAUGUGAAGCUGGAUGGAUGCUAUGCCAAUGUUAGCGACAUGGCAACGGGCUAUCCGGAAUUCGGACGACUGCUGAAUGAAACGGGCAGACCCAUGGUCUAUUCGUGCAGCUGGCCUGCUUAUCAAUCGGGAAGUGAACAGCCUCUUUUUGAGGCACUGAAGCGCCAUUGCAAUUUGUGGCGAAACUGGGCUGAUAUCCAGGAUUCAUUCCAGUCUGUUAUGACCAUAGCUGAUUACUUUGCCAAUAAUCAGGAUAGCAUGCAGCCACACGCCGGACCAGGGCAUUGGAACGAUCCGGAUAUGUUGAUUUUAGGCAACUAUGGCCUCAGCUACGAUCAGAGCAAACUGCAAAUGGCCAUUUGGGCAGUGCUGGCGGCGCCGUUAAUAAUGUCCAAUGACUUGGCCAAGGUGCGACCAGAAAUUAAGGAGAUAUUACAGAAUCGUGAUGUGAUUGCUGUCAAUCAGGAUCCUUUGGGCAUACAGGGUAAACGAUUGCUUAUGAAACAAAAUAUUGAGGUCUGGCGUCGACCAAUCGAACCUAAAAUCAAUGGAGAAUACUCUUAUGCUGUGGCAUUUGUUAGUCGCCGGGUGGAC